AUGAGACUGUUCGAGAUAAGCCAUUCGAGACACAGGUCUCCUCGCCGAGUCGCCGCCCUCAACCAUCUUGACAAAGGCAACAAUGUUUCAGGCGGCCAUCGUCCUGCCAAGCAAGGCACAUGCAAACGGACGUCUACUGAAGACUGGUCACAACUAUCACUGAUCUACCUUACAUAUGCCUUGCCUACGUGCCUACCAGCCUGCUUGACGAACUGGCAGGUCCCUCGCUGUCAACGGCUCACGCGCCGUAUCUCACACCACUCGCUCCAACGUCGUUCAAAGUGCCAUCCGGGAUGGCUUGAUCAGCUAGGAUGA